AUGCUAAAUACUUCUACUGCGAGACUUGAUGAGAUUGAACAAGUUCUUCAAAACUACCAUAACAAUUUUGGUAGAGUCGCAACCGAAUUCGAAUCAAUCAAUAGAUCUAUCACAAUUCUCCAAACCGAAGUUAAUCAACGACACUUCCUUGUCCAAAGUACUAAUAGGAGAGGAUCGGACCAGCAAAUCGAGGCUUUAUCGUCUUCUGCUCGUUUAUUAAAUUCCUCAACCUCAAGCCAAAAAUUCGCGAAUAUUAUUUCUACAAUCCGGGAACAGUUAAAGGCUAUCUUUGCUAGAGUUAUGGAUGCGGGUGGUUAUACUUUAGAUCAGAUGUGUAAUGUUGUAUCGGCUGAUGUUCUUAGGCUUGGGAUGGGAGCAAUUGGAAAAGAUACAAUAAAGGGUUUUCACAAUGGGAAUAGCAUAAAAAGCGAAAACUUAGAAGAGAUAGGUGCUUGGAUAGAUAGUCUUUUACACACUACUGAGUAG